UCAGCAGCCUUCACCAGCGGGGAAGGCGGCGGCUGUUUCCUCGCUUCCUGCUUCCUCAAUAAGAGCCGCUGUGCAACCUAGAAGACGGAGCGAUCAAUACUGGUGGACAAGGACCUGCUGAACCCACAGGGAGCUGCUUGUUUGGUAUCAAAUCCUGUGUCAGGACGGACUAUGAUCCAGUAAAGUGCGCUCCGGACCCGCUGGUUCCUCUGAGUCCUGAUCCUCUGCAUCCUGACAUGGGCCGCGGCUCGGAUUGGACAUAAACACACAGACUGACUCUGACUGGCACCAGUUAUGACACCCCGAUGGACUCGGUUCCCUCGGGCGCACUGCCAGGACAGAAAACCCCCUGGUCCGGACCAGGAGAGGAAGAAGCGCUGGGCUGAGCUGUUUGAUCAGCUGGACGUCAACAAAGAUGGACGAAUCGAUAUCCUUGAACUGCGGGCAGGGUUGGCAAGCCGGGGGCUUUCCAAAGGCACCGUGGACAGGAUCGUGGAGGCUGGGGACACCAACCAGGAUGGAGUACUGGACUUUGAGGAGUUCACGCAGUAUCUUCACACUCAUGAAAAACAGCUCAAACUCAUGUUUAGUCACCUGGACAGGAACAAUGACGGUCAGAUAGAUGUCGUGGAGAUCCAGCACUCUCUGCGCACCAUUGGCGUGGACGUGAGCCUCGAGGAUGCCACCAGGAUUUUGCAAAGAAUGGACAAAGACAGUACCAUGACCAUUGACUGGAAUGAGUGGCGCGAGUACUUCCUGUUUAAACCUCUCACUAACAUGGAGGACGUAGCACGCUACUGGAAGCGCUCAAUGAUGUUGGACAUCGGUGAGCAGCUGACAGUGCCAGAUGAAUUUUCUGAGGAGGAGAAGAAGUCAGGCUAUGUGUGGCGGCAGCUGUUGGCUGGAGCCAUGGCUGGAUCUGUGUCCCGGACUGGGGUUGCCCCCUUAGAUCGCCUCAAAGUCUUCCGACAGGUUCAUGGUUUCAUUGAUUUUAAAGGGAAUGUGCUGAGCAGCUUUCGGUACAUGCUGAAAGAAGGAGGAAUGCGGUCGCUCUGGAGAGGCAACGGGAUGAAUGUGCUCAAAAUUGCACCAGAAACUGCCAUCAAGUUCACGGCUUAUGAACAGAUCAAAAGUGUGAUGCGGGGCAAAAAUGAAACAAAAACUCUGAGGCUUCAUGAGAGGUUUGUUGCCGGCUCUUUGGCUGGAGCUACAGCUCAGACAGCCAUCUACCCAAUGGAGGUGCUAAAGACCCGUCUCACACUGAGAAAAACAGGCCAAUUCUCAGGAAUAGCAGACUGUGCCAAACAGAUCCUACAGAAAGAAGGUGUCACAGCCUUUUACAAGGGCUAUGUGCCCAACCUGCUGAGUAUUGUCCCUUACGCCGGCAUCGACCUGGCUGUCUACGAGACUCUGAAGUUUGCCUGGCUGAACAGACACGGAGGUUUAGCCGACCCGGGGGUCACGAUGCUGGUCUGCUGCGGUGCUGUCUCUAGCACCUGUGGACAGCUGGCAAGUUACCCUCUGGCACUGAUCCGCACUCGAAUGCAGGCACAAGCUUCAGUGAAAGGAGCCCCUAAACCCUCCAUGCUGGCCUUGUUUCAAAACAUCGUGACCCAGGAGGGUGUUGCCGGACUAUAUCGAGGGAUUUCCCCCAACCUCCUGAAAGUCAUCCCUGCUGUUAGUGUGUCCUACGUCGUCUACGAGUACAUGAGGAUAUGCCUGGGAGUGGACAUUGAGGGUAGGAGGGAUGGGAAAGGGAAGGGGUAGAUAAAAGAGUCGAUGGUUUGAGGUUGGUUUCAACUGCAAGCACGUACAGAUCUGUUGGCAGUGCAUGAGGAAAUGGGCCUUGACUGUGGAUGAAUCCAUGGUGCUGUGUUCAUGAGUCUUUGAGUUUUCAGGAUGAGGAUGAUUGGAUGGAAAGUCCAUGGAUGGUAAAGGGAAAAACAACAGAUCAUUGUGAAAGCAUCACACUUGGAGGACCUCACCUGAACUGGCAGCUGCUGUGAUGAGUUUCACGUGUGAUUUAUUGCAUCACAGUGCAUGUCAGCAGUUGUGUGAGAGCUAAUCUACUAGCCUGCCGCUGCUGCUGCUGCAUUGACUUGGACAGAUGAAGACUUGCAUGAACUUGCCUGAGAACGCACUGAUAAAAGGUGCAACCAAACUUGGAAGCCAUGUUACAUUCCUGCAGCAUUAUUUUUUCUCCUAGGUGGUAUAUAGAGAAGAUACAGGAUUGAUAGGAGGAACGACCCAGUUUCCUGUUCUAUAAGUGAGGGGAACCCGAAGUUGCUGCACACUGGUGGAUAUACAGAGUCUGGACUUUUGAUUGGAGCAACAUAAUCCCAGUUUGAUCUUGGAAUGGACCAUUUCCAUUUUGCAAAGCAUUUCCCUGUAUUCUGCUUGUUUAUUUUUUGACUCUCAAAGUUGUACAGUGUGUCCAUAGGUAAUAUUAAAAGUUCACAUAUAAAACCUUUAGGUCUCUUCACUUUCAACAAGUCUGUGUUCGCCCUUUUUGAGAUGGAACCUCAAAAUGCCACCGAAUCUAACCACAGGAGACUUAACUUUCCUGCGAUACAUACCAAAUUAUAAUUGUCUGCAUAAUUACAUUUUAUCAGCACACCAUGAUUGUAAAAUUGGGCCUGCUUGUCAUCAUAUUAUCUCAUUACUGAAAUCAAACUGUUGCUGCACACUCCAAACUCAAAUGCCAAGAAGGUAUGAGAUAAAUGUUUCUGCAGACAUCAUCAUGGUGAAUGCAAGUAGUUUGUUGCUGAUGUGGUUAUCAUAAUUUCUUUUGUCAUCUGAAUUUGGAGUUAUGCUGUGACAUUGUGCCCAAAUCUUUACCAGUCCAUACCUCAACACCCCAGGUGCAUGUCUUUAUUUAGCUUAACAAAUUUCAUUCAGUAAACGCACCUUUCUUCUUUUGUAGACACCCCAUAGCUUUAGUCGUCCUCUCUUACAAUCAUCUGCAUAAUAAGUUACACUGUACAGGUCUCUGUCACUUCAAUUUGUAAAUUUAUUGAGUUUAUCAAAGGACACAUUGCAAAUCACACAAACGGGGAAACACUUGUAUGUCAGUAACAGACUGUGAAUAUUACAAUCUUUAAAAAGCACAAUUUAAUUAUCCUGUAAGAUUGGUGGAUAGAUGGAUGUGUGGAUGAGCCCUUGAUAAAUGCACACCAGGUUUUGUGGUUUCUGUGAGAAAAAAAAAAGCAAUCAGAAUUUAACAAAGAAAUGAGGGUGACAUAUUGGGACCAUACUGUGACAAAGACAAAUUAAUUAUGUUAGAACAUAAAGGGCAUGAUCAACACUGUGGUGGAAGGAAACUAAAUUAACUUACUCAUGCAAUGCACUUAGUACAAUUUUGAGGUACAUGUGCUUGACUUUGGUAUUUCCAUUUGAUGCUACUUUAUACUUCUACUACAUUUCAGAGGGAAUUAUUGUACUUUCUCCGCUACUUUAGUGGACAGCUUUAUUUACUUUUAAGAUAAAGAUUUGACACAAUGGAUAUUAUAACCAGCUUUUAGAAUACAACACAUUGUUUAAGAAUUAAAUCAGGGGUUUUCUACCUUUCUGACUUUUGACAUCAUGCAAAAAGCAACAGAGUGAGCACUGUGGGGGACCACAUCUGCUGGGGGAUCUAUACAAAUAUACAAUAACUUAAAACUACUGUCUCCAUAAAUUACCCAUGCCGCACAACAUAAAUGACUGACACUUUUCUCAGGUUCCAUAUCUGACAAGUAUAACAUAAAAAUGACAUUGAUGUUUGUUGAAUAUGCCUGUGAGCUACUAUCUGCAGAGACACCACGUGGACAAACCCCACAGAGCUGCAAUAAACCAUACUGCUACGAAGGGUUGUAGUAAUAAUGGCUAUUAAGUUUAUUUAUAUAGAAAAGCAUUUUUUUUAAUUUAUGUUUUUACCAAUGCAUUUAUUUCAAUUAAUGCCUUGGUUCACUGAGUAUCUCUGACUAUGCAGCAACAUAAUUAUAUAAGCAAAAUGCAACUGUAAUGGCCAAAGGACCAUGGCUGACCUCAUGGUUGUCCGACAUUGAUAGGAUUUUUUUGGUGAAGCUUUAUUUUACAAGUCUGUAAUUUCCAAAAAAAUUCCUGUAAGUGUCAAAUAAAUAAAUACAUAAAUGUUGGUGGACAAAUGACUUAUUUAUAAGUUAAUCCUGUUGACUUUGCUACCUAUUGUCUUACAGGAAUACAUAUAUUUUGUUAUUGAAUGCAAUGCAGUGACUCAGAUAAUGUAUGAAACCCUUGUCUGCUGUCUUUAAUGCAUUUAUUUUUUG